AUGGCUCGCACUAAGCAGACUGCCCGUAAGUCCACUGGUGGCAAGGCUCCCCGUAAGCAGCUCGCUUCCAAGGCUGCUCGUAAGGCCGCCCCCUCCACCGGAGGUGUCAAGAAGCCCCACCGUUACAAGCCCGGUACCGUCGCUCUCCGUGAGAUCCGUCGCUACCAGAAGUCCACCGAGCUGCUCAUCCGCAAGCUCCCCUUCCAGCGUCUGGUCCGUGAGAUUGCCCAGGACUUCAAGUCCGACCUCCGCUUCCAGUCUUCCGCCAUCGGUGCCCUCCAGGAGUCCGUCGAGGCCUACCUCGUCUCCCUGUUCGAGGACACCAACCUGUGCGCCAUCCACGCCAAGCGUGUCACCAUCCAGUCCAAGGACAUCCAGCUGGCCCGCCGCCUCCGUGGCGAGCGCUCUUAG